GGAGACAGAGGUCCGUUUGGUUGAAUGUUGGGGGUUUAGGGUUUGAGGAUGCAGAUUGUCCAGGACUUUGCUCAGCGAGAUCUCGGAAAUUAGGCUGCUGAAGAUUUGAGGUCCUCAAUUCUGAAUCUGGGAACGAUUGCGGGCUUGAUUUCGCAGGCCUGCAGAAAUGGACGACGACAACGAUGGGAGAGAUGACGAGGUGCAGAAAUUUCAUCUCUCCAAGCGAGCGCGUUACAAUAAGACUUCGGUCGUGGUGUUCGACGACGAGGCCAGGAAGGAGUUUUUGAGUGGGUUUCGAAAACGGAAGAAUAAGAGGAGGCAAAUUGCGGCUGAACAAAAUCAAAUCAAAGAAAGGCAGAAAAGACUCCAAGAUCGGAAAGAGAGGCGCCAAGCGUUGAAGGAAGCGAAAGAAGAAGCUUCGAAAGGCCAAGGAGGAGAGGAGAACGGUGCUGCCGACGCAGAAGAGGAAGAAGACGUCGAAGCAAACGAGACAACAAUUGCGGACACGAUAACUUAUGAUGAGCGGGAAACUAGGACUGUAGUGAAUAUUACUCCUAUCAAUCCGGAAUCUGAUGAUGAUGAUGAAGAGAAAGAGGUUAGGACCUCCGGUGCCGGUAUGGAUGCACCAGCUCUGAAGGUGAAGAAGCCAAAGUUCAAAAAGCCGAAGAGGCCACAAUCAGAGAAGAGAACUCGAAAGCUGUCUAGGCGAGAGAAAACAGUGCCAAGAAAUUUAAGAACCAAGAAGCGGAAGAAAAAGUAGUGGUUGAGAUUUACAGGAUGAUGGCGUACUUAGGAAGGAGGCGCUGUUCUUUGUAAACAUUGGACAUCGUAUUGCUGCGCCGUGUACAUAUUGGAAUGUCGUAAAGGGCGAUUUUGACACCGAUCACCCUGGUUGCUUGUUUCUCGUUCUCACUGGCUACGUGCUUAUGGAUGCAGUGUAGGAUACAAGACCAAAGAAAUUUGAGACCAGUCUUAGACCGUGGCUCCCCCUAGACUUCAAUGCAGAACAAACAAGGCACGGAAGCAGUGAAAGCAUUAGUUGUCGAAAGAUUUAUCUCUUCCGACUUUCUUUUCACACGAACAUGAGAACUUGAUUCAAGCAGUUGUAUACUCUAAAAAAUUGUGGGUUCUCGUUAUGUGUAAUCCACACACCCAUGUAUAACCAGAUCAGUGAUCACUUUCAUUUUUCUCAUCUGUCCAUUGUCCUUGGGCGAAAGAUGUGAGACCAGUCUCCGAAACCAGAGUUUAGAUCACCCAUCACGCAAAGGUACAUGCGUGUGUCAGUACUGUUUCAACAACCAUCAUUGUUCCGCGUGAAUGAACUAUAAAGCGUGAUGGAAUAAAGGCAGGGU